CCCUGUCCGCCAGCUUGACCUCCGACAACAAUUCAAUUUACCAGCCGCAACACCCUUGAUUCAGCAAUGCACACAUGGCGGCGGACUUUCGCCACGUCUGUCGCCAGACUCGGCUCUAGUUCCAUACCGCAUUCCCGAAUUGCUGCUCUGCGAUGUGCACAGAUCCUCCGGGCUAGCAAAGCGGAUGGACCUUGCACCUUGGAAGAUAAAGAGAUUAAGAUCAACGGGUUCGUUCGGUCGGUCCGCAAGCAAAAGCGGUUUGCAUUCGCAGAGAUCUCAGAUGGCUCUACCGUUGAGCCAUUGCAGGCGAUUCUGAAGCCUGCGCAGGCAGCUGAUCUAUCUACCGGCACUGCCGUUGAAAUAUCCGGCAUCUGGAAAGCUUGUCCACCUGGAAAGGAGCAGACCCAUGAGCUUCAAACAACCGAAGUGACGGUGGUUGGUGUGACGGAUUCAGAGACAUAUCCGAUACAAAAGAAAUACCAUAGCCCAGAAUUCUUGCGCCAGAUCCCACACCUCCGUAUUCGAACGCCCUUCCAGUCCCUCCUCGCACGCUUUCGAUCCGAAUGCCUGUUCCAGCUGGGCAACGUCUUCCACUCUCGGCCCGAAGGUCCUUUCACGCAAGUCCAACCUCCGAUCAUCACAUCCUCAGAUUGUGAGGGAGCAGGUGAAACAUUCACAUUGCUUCCUCGUGGCGCCCCAACGCCGUCAAGUACCGAAGCCGAUCAUUUCUUCCGAGCACCAAAGUACCUGACCGUUUCGUCGCAAUUACAUCUCGAGGCCUACGCGGCUGAACUGGGCAAUGUUUGGACCUUGUCCCCCGUAUUCCGGGCGGAGAAGAGUGAUACACCUCGACAUCUCAGCGAGUUCUACAUGCUCGAGGCCGAGGCCAACUUCAUGUAUGAUUUGGAUUCACUCACCAACCUGGUAGAGGAUCUACUUCGCGACCUGACUCGACGAUUGUAUAAUACCCCCGUUGGCCAAGAAAUCCUGUCGGCAAAGCGGACUGGAGAGUCUGGACAAGGAGGCAAUGCUGAGGAGUCGAAAUUGGAUCUAAUAGGGAGGUGGAGAGCCCUGAUGGACGGACCCAGGUGGCACCGCAUUACGUAUACUCAGGCAGUGGAGAUGCUCCAACGAGCAGUCGCAGAGAACGGUGCUUCAUUCGAGCAUCCUCCCACGUGGAAUGGUGGCUUGCAGACCGAGCAUGAAAAGUACAUUGUCGAGGUUUUGCACGAGGGUAAUCCAGUUUUUGUCACGGACUAUCCCAAGACCAUCAAACCUUUCUAUAUGGCUCCUUCGCAGGGUAACGAAGGUAGCGUGCCGGGGGAGACAGUUGCCUGUUUCGAUCUGCUUCUUCCCGAAGUCAGUGAAGUUGCUGGCGGCUCCUUGCGUGAACACCGUUUGCCCAAUAUCAUCCAGAACAUGCGAGACUAUGGUCUCAUCAAGUCCCGCGCGGCCACCGACUCCGAUGCACCGGUAUCAAAAGAGCCAUCCUAUCCUCAUCUCACCGCAGAGGAGGAUCUAGGACAUCUCCAGUGGUAUGCCGACCUCCGACGCUGGGGCUCUGCGCCCCAUGGAGGAUUCGGACUUGGGUUCGACCGCUUCCUGGGCUACCUGUCGGGUGUUUCCAGCGUUCGCGAGGUUGUAGCAUUUCCACGCUACUUUGGUCGGGCUGAUUGCUAGGAACGCACAGCGGGACAGUGUAUGAUAGCUUGAGAUUUGCCAGAAAUGUAUUAUAGAUCAAAUGACCACAUAGUAUUUAUCUUCAACUCAUUAUAUUGCUAUAAUUAUAAAACUUG